AUUUAUCAAUCCGAAGCUAUGACGGGCUAAUUUAGUCAUUUAAUACAAAAAAUAAUUAUUAUUAUUUUCCAUUUGUUCGAUGACUAAGUGAAUUUUGCUUAUUGCUUCACUAAGUCAAAUCAUUAACCAGCUUUAGGAUUGUAUGAAAAAAAUCUUUUAUUGAUCAGAAUGGCCCUCAUUAAUGCUCGUGAUUUACAUAAGGUGUGCCAUCCGCAUUACCUGAUUAACAUUUUAUUGGCCUUUUCGUUUCUUUUUCUCAAAUUGGUACCUCCGUUUUGUAGUUAUCUGUUUAAAGAAUGUCAGCUAGAACACCGCGACACAGAGAUUCUUUUCUUUACCAUCAUUAUAAUUAUGUUCCGAACUCGCAAACAAGGCAAUGUCACCUUUCUGCCUUAUUUGUCAUCCGCCUGCAUGCUAAUGAAACUUGGUAACAUUCUGCUCUAUUUUAACGCUGGUCCUCUUUAUGGUAUCGUUUUUGGUUGCUGUUGUCUCCGUAAGUUACAAUGUUGCUUUAUCCAUUUUAUAUUUUGUUCUAACAAUCUUACAGUUCAAAUGUUACUUUUACCUGAGCCAACUUAUCAAGGACCGGAAAACAUUGCCUACAUGAAAGGAGAAGAUCUUGAAGAGGAAAUUGGCCGCGACAAACGUGUUGUUUGGCUAGUUGAACUUUAUGCCGCUUGGUCACCGCCUUGCGUCGACUUUGCUAAUAUUUUCGGUGAAUUGUCUAACAAAUAUUCAUUGAACAAUUUUCGUUUCGCUAAAGUUGAUCUGGCCCGUAAUCCUGAUACGGCCACCAAAUACAAGAUUAACAUUUCGACUUUGAGUAAACAAUUGCCCACAGUCUUAUUGUUUAUGAAUGGUCGUGAAACUAUGAGACGUCCAUUGGUUAAUGAAAAAGGCAAAUUAGUUCCAUUUGCUUUUACAUUCGACAAUGUGGUAAUGGAAUAUGAUUUGGAUCAGAUCUAUGAACAAUGUCGAAACAAUUCUUCAACUACAUCUUCCAGUUCUAAAGAUGAACUCAAAAAGAACAAAUAGCAUAAAAAAUUAGAUUAAGCUUGUAAAUAACGAUCAUUUUCCAUUUACCAUCCGAUGCAAAUUGUUUUGUUGUUUUAAAUAAAAAUAUGAUAUAUUCAUUGAUCGAUUUAA